AUGCGCGCUCUCGUAGCUAGAGGCCGCUUACUGCAGCGCUCGCGCAAUGCACAAGCCUCUACGACUGCUCACGUUUCUUUCUUUCGAAUUCGGAGCAGAGAAUUGGCGACUGACGCGUUUGUAUCGCGCCAUUACCAGAUGCAGAACCCCAAGGACGUGGCCGAUUUCUUGCACCGCAAACGUUUGACGUUACGUGAGACCGAAACGCACUUUAUGGUGCGCGACUGUCCUUUCUGUCAUGCGACACAUGGCAAGGCGGACAACCUCUUCAAGAUGUACGUGCACAAGACUCAGGGCAUGUACAAAUGCCAUCGCUGCGGCUCCGCAGGCAGUUGGUUUGACUUUAAACGCAAGUUGCGAGGCGGUGUAGGUGUGACUUCUUCAGGUGGUUAUUUGAAUGGAGGGAGCAAUGCUGGAGCAGUGGGAGCUGGAGUGGAAGUGAAGAUCAUUCAGGUUUUAGACAAUGAGAAAGCCAUGGCAAUCCAGAAGAAUCUGCUGGACGAACCCGAGUUUGAACCAGUGCUGGAAUACUUGACAAACGUUCGAGGACUCCGACCGGAUGUGUUGCAGAAAUACUGUGUGGGUGCAAUCGAGCAGCCGUUCUGGGACCACGACUCGGGUCGACGCAUCAAUGCCAUGUGCAUCUCUUUUCCGUGGAUGGCGCGGCAAAUGGAUAUGGAUGCAAUGGGUGUCGUCUGUCACGAAGGGGUAGACAAGAAGAAAGCAGCGACUGAGGACAAGAACUUGUUUGACGUGGUUCGGCUUAAACUACGUGCAGUGGACGAUAAAGCAAAGCAACAGCUUGUGCCGAAAGGAGGUAGUUGGGGUCUCUUUGGUUGGAACACGGUACCCGCAGCUGCGAACGAGCUGGUGCUGACUGAAGGUGAGUUCGACGCCAUGGCUGUGUACCAAGCAACUGGCAUGGCUGCAGUGUCGCUGCCAAACGGCUGCCAGUCGCUACCACCGAGCGUAUUGCCUUUACUAGAGCGCUUCAAGCGCAUUUACCUUUGGUUGGAUAACGAUGCCUCAGGGCAAUCGAAUGUUGAAAAGUUCGCGGCAAAGCUUGGUUUGAAUCGCUCCUAUAUUGUACGCAUUCCUUCGAAAGCGGCGUCGUCGGAUUUGAAGGACGCGAACGAUGCUCUUCGAGCCGGUUUAGACCUGACUGCUAUUGUAAAGGCUGCUGAACCGAUACCGCACAGCCAAAUCACCACGUUUGAGGAGCUUCGCCGUGACGUCUAUGAGGAGAUUAUGAAUCCCUUGAAAGCCUGCGGUGUGCAGUCGCGAGCAUUCCCUUCACUGAACCGAUUGAUGAAGGGUCAUCGUAUGGGCGAAGUGACGGUGCUUACAGGUCCUACCGGAUGUGGCAAGACAACGCUGUUGAGUCAAUUGUCGCUGGACUUGUGUGGUCAGGGUGUGAGUACGCUAUGGGGCUCGUUUGAGAUCAAGAACACACGUCUGAUGCACAAGAUGCUCACGCAGCUGGCACAACGCAACUUGUGUGGUGACAUGAAUGCGUUUGAUGCUGCAGCUGAUCGAUUUGAGGCUCUCUCUAUGUACUUCUUGCGAUUCUUUGGAAGCACCGAUGUGGAUGAGGUAUUGGAUGCUAUGGAAUACGCUGUGUAUGCUCAUGAUGUGCAGCAUAUCCUGUUGGACAAUGUGCAGUUUAUGAUGGCGGGGCAAGGUCGCGGUUUCGACAAAUUUGAGCGUCAGGAUGCAGCACUAGACAGGUUCCGAAAGUUCGCUUCAGUCAAGAACGUCCACCUUACGCUUGUCAUUCACCCGCGCAAGGAGCAGGAGGAUCAAGACCUUACGCUGUCAUCCGUGUUUGGUACGGCGAAGGCCACUCAGGAAGCUGAUAAUGUUCUUAUCCUACAACGCACCCACGGCAAGUCCACGCUCGAUGUGCGAAAAAACCGUUUUGACGGUACUUUGGGAUCAAUUCCGUUGAUGUUUGAUCCGGAAACUGCUUCGUUGCGUGAGCCUGGUGCGGAAGGUAUGUCUGAGGGUGUUGCAGUGAUCGACCUCGAGGCUGAGAUGGAACUUACCCAAAGACGGCGCAUGCAAAAGGGUAUACGUGCGCUGGGACACAUUGACACUGAGCACGCGAACAACUUACCUGACAUGCAACAAGGUGCCAGCAGCCUCAUGCAGGGAUACGAGCAUGUGGCAGCGCCAGCAUCAGCUUUUCAUGACCAUCGCAACCAGGCCAACGGGUAUAACGGCAGUCAUUAUUUCAAAGUCAACAACGGCAGCUCUUUGCCAAGGCUUAAUGGUGACAACGAUACGAAUGACCAUGACGACGAUGAAAGCAGCGGCGGCUCAACUGGCGGCAGCGCGCCGCGAACCGGCGGUAGUGGUAGCGAGCCCUUUGCUGCAUUUACACCAAUAAUCACGCGAUAG